AUGUCGGACGCCCAAGACGUACAGACCCUUAAGAUGAAAGUCGCAAGAAAACAUGACCAGGAUUAUGAACGUCGUCGGUCCGCUACUUUACGUCUUGAACCUCCUCAAUCAGAUGUCCGGAAAGCAACGUCUUUUUUGCGUGCUCGUACGUCCGGUGUGAACCGUCUCCUUCGGUCAACAACCAGUAGUACCGGUGGCAUAUCGGUAAAUGGCUCUAGUCAUAAGAGUAACAAGAGCAGUAAGAGUAAAAGUGUUCCUAGCAGCAGUAAAUCUACACGCCAAGAGGACGAUGAACUGGAUACGGAAGUAACUGAAGCAGGAAAUGGAAAUGGAGGUGAGCUUCCAUCAUCAUUAAUUGAGUCGGAAUCAAGAUUGAAAUCAAUUGUCUCGUCUACUGGAGCAGCAGAUGAAGAGGAUGGACUUCCACUAUAUGUGGAACCGAAAUGGACUCAUGUGGUGUUGAAGAUGACGGCAUUUUCAGAAGAAGAUGCAGUGACAAGCUUCUUGUUUGAUGUUAAUGGAGGAGGUAUUGGCAGUGGUGUGGAAAAUGUUGCAAGUAUUCCAGCUGAUAAAUUACUAGGGGAGAAAGACCAUGCACGCAUUCUUUACAAUGGUGGACGGUUUUAUUUAGCCAAUGGAGACAAUUCAAGUGAUACAUUUGUUCGACUAAGUCCAUGUGAUGGAGGUGAUAAUGAGAUGGAAGAUCGGAUGCAAUGGCCAUUGGAACCUCAAGUGUCAUUCCGAGUUGGUAAAUCGGAUUUCAUAGUAACAGCUUUUCAUGAACCAUCGCAGACGUUGGAAGUAUUGGCAUUGAGUGGUAAAUUAGCAGGAACACAAUUUACGAUUGGACGGGAAGGUGCAGGAAUUGGACGGUCCGCGGAAAAUAAAAUUCACACGGGAGACGGUGAACUUUCGCGCAAACACGCUGCAAUCUGGUUUGAUGAAUUAACGAAUCAGUUUUAUCUUGUCGACUUGAACUCGACGAACGGAACGUUUAUGAAGCUUGUGGGGAGUUAUCAGGAGCCGUAUCGUCUUGAAAUCGGUGAUGACUUGCUGGUUGCACAGACUUGCUUGACUGUGAACCGUUUUGACGUUGGUGCUCACGCGGAUAUGGGUGCACGCAAACACAUGGAGGACGCGCAUACGAUAAUCCAGGAUUUAUGCAUUGAGUCGCUGAGCCGCUUAGGAUUACAUCCGCAGUCGUACUUUGCUGUUUACGAUGGACAUGGUGGCGAGGAGGCUUCUUCGUAUUUGGGCGAAGUGCUGCAUCAUAACAUUAUUGACACUUUUUUCAUGAAGAAGGCAGAGCUGAAGCCGCUGAUCAACACGUCGCCGGAGGAGCUUCAAAGUAUGAUCACAAAGCGACUUACGGAUACCUUUAAGAAAACGGACGAUGAAUUUCUGAAUGAAUCGGAGCGUCCACAGGCUGGUAGCACCGCGACGACUGUGCUUGUCGCAGGCAAGUACAUGUUCGUGUCAAAUGUUGGUGACUCCCGGACAGUAUUGAGUCGCGCAGGUAAGGCCGAGCGUCUUUCGAACGACCACAAGCCGAGUCGGCAGGACGAGGCGCAGCGUAUUCGCGACACUGGCGGCUUUGUGAUUCACGGACGUAUUAUGGGAGAGCUAGCUGUUUCACGCGCGUUUGGAGAUGCACCAUUCAAGACAUUUGAUUUGCCAGAGCCGCCAAAAGAAGAUGUUGACUCAAAGCCACGUAGUGAUUACGAUUCGCAGGAGCUGCCUGUGAACCCAAACGACAUCUUGAAGGGCCCGUUAGUCAUCCCUACACCCGAGUUUACAAUCACAGAGCUGACAGGCGACUGUGAGUUCGUUAUGUUAGCCAGUGACGGACUGUACGACGUUCUCAAGGAUCAGGAGGCUGUUGACUUCAUGCGUCAGAAGAUAGUGCAGCUUGGAGACGUUCAGCGUGCAGUGGAGGCUAUUGUGGAGCACGCUAUCUUCCAUCAGCGCUCGACGGAUAACGUGACAUGUGUAGUAGUGAUGUUUAAAGAGCCUAAGGACCUCAAGUGA